GGCGCUCACCCGGCUGCGCGGCGCGCGAUGUGGAGCCGCCGCCUCGGCCCCUGCAGUAGCAGCAGCCGCCGUCGCCGCCGCUGCUGCUGGGGCUGCCGCCAAGCCGAGGGUCAUGGAGCGCGGCUGCAGAGAGCGGCCGCCGGCAGCAGCAGCAGCAGCAGCGAGCGUCGCGGCGACCGCGGAGCGCAGCCCGCCCCGUGAGGCGCUGCCCGGCCGGCGGCGGCAGCAGCAGCAGCGGCGGCGGCGGCAACAGGGCGGCUGAGAACCCGGCGGCGGCGGCUGCGGCGUUCCUCCUCGCUUCCUCCCUUCUUGCUUCGCCGUCCCUCAGUCUCCGUUCCCGAGUCCUCCCUUUCCCAGCUUUCCCUUUCCCACCGCAGCCUCCGUUACUACCCCCUCCUCUAGCUCGCGCGUGAGCAGCUGAGCCCGGGGGCGGGGGAGGGGGCGCGUGCCGUCGGCGCGGGGGAGGGGCGGGCCGGCGCGCGCCGCGCCCAGGGCUCUCGGGGACCCGGGGGGCGCGUGCCGCGGCGCGAGGCGAGGCGCGGGGCGCGGGGCGGCGCGGCGGGGCCCCUCCCCCCUGCAGCCUGGCGCGCGCCGGCCGGGCCGCACCGCUGCGGGCUCCGCGCGCGCGGGCCAUGUCCGCCUUCUGCCUGGGCUUGGCCGGCCGCGCUUCAGCACCCGCCGAGCCGGACAGCGCCUGCUGCAUGGAGCUGCCCGCCGCGGCCGGGGACGCAGUCCGGAGUCCCGCCGCCGCCCUCAUCUCCUUCCCUGGGGGCUCCGGGGAGCUGGAACUGGCGUUAGAGGAGGAGCUGGCGCUGCUGGCGGCCGGGGAGCGGCCGUCCGACCCCGGGGAACACCCUCAGGCCGAGCCUGGGCCUCUGGCCGAGGGGGCCGGACCGCAGCCGCCGCCCGCCCAGGACCCCGAGCUGCUGUCGGUGAUCCGGCAGAAGGAGAAGGAUCUAGUGUUGGCGGCUCGACUGGGCAAGGCGCUGCUCGAGAGGAACCAGGACAUGAGCCGGCAGUACGAGCAGAUGCACAAGGAGCUGACAGACAAGCUCGAGCACUUAGAGCAAGAGAAACAUGAACUGAGAAGACGAUUUGAGAACCGAGAAGGGGAGUGGGAAGGCCGAGUGUCAGAGCUGGAAAGUGAUGUGAAGCAGCUACAGGAUGAGUUGGAGAGGCAGCAGGUUCAUCUGCGGGAAGCAGAUCGAGAAAAAACACGGGCUGUCCAGGAACUGUCGGAACAGAACCAAAGGCUAUUGGAUCAGCUCAGCAGGGCAUCAGAAGUUGAGAGACAGCUCUCCAUGCAGGUCCACGCCCUCAGAGAAGACUUUCGGGAGAAAAACUCGUCAACCAACCAGCACAUCAUCCGGCUGGAAAGCCUUCAGGCCGAGAUCAAGAUGCUGUCAGAUCGCAAACGGGAGCUGGAGCAUCGUCUCAGCGCUACUUUAGAGGAAAAUGACCUGCUCCAAGGGACCGUGGAGGAACUACAGGACCGGGUGCUAAUCCUGGAGAGGCAGGGUCAUGACAAGGACCUACAGCUGCACCAAAGCCAGCUGGAGCUUCAGGAGGUGCGUCUCUCCUGCCGACAGCUACAGGUGAAGGUGGAAGAACUCAAUGAGGAGAGGAGUCUGCAGAGCUCUGCCGCCACCAGCACAUCCCUCCUGUCAGAGAUUGAGCAGAGCAUGGAGGCCGAGGAGCUGGAGCAAGAGCGAGAGCAGCUGAGACUGCAGCUCUGGGAAGCCUACUGCCAGGUUCGCUAUCUGUGCUCACAUCUUCGAGGCAAUGACAGCGCUGACUCGGCCGUCUCCACAGACUCCUCCAUGGACGAGUCUUCAGAAACCUCGUCUGCCAAAGAUGUGCCAGCCGGCAGCUUGCGCACUGCCCUCAACGAGCUCAAGAGACUGAUACAGAGUAUUGUGGAUGGCAUGGAGCCCACGAGCUCCCGGAGACUUGAUGAUGACUCCUUAGAAGAACAGAUAAGGCAGACCAGUGAGGACUCAAGAGCCCUGAGAGAGCUCAUGGAGGGAGAGAGGGGUAAACUGAGGCAAAGCCUAGAAGAGCUGCAGCGACUCCACAGUCAGGUGACACUGCUGAGUGUGGAGAUGACUGCCCUAAAAGAGGAGAGAGACCGACUCAGAGUGACAUCUGAGGACAAGGAGCCAAAGGAGCAGCUUCAGAAGGCCAUCAGGGACCGUGAUGAGGCCAUUGCAAAGAAGAACGCUGUGGAGCUGGAACUCGCCAAGUGCAGGAUGGACAUGAUGUCUCUGAACAGCCAGCUGCUGGAUGCCAUUCAGCAGAAACUGAACCUCUCGCAGCAGCUGGAGGCUUGGCAGGAUGACAUGCACAGGGUCAUUGACCGGCAGCUGAUGGACACUCACCUAAAGGAACGGAGCCAGCCGGCUGCUUCCCUCUGCAGGGGCCAUAGUGCCGGGCGGGGGGACGAGCCCAGCACCACUGAAGGCAAACGACUCUUCUCAUUCUUCAGGAAAAUUUAAGUUAGGAGGAGUCAGGCCACCAAAGAUGGGUGGACUGGAGGCAGCUGGAAAAGCAGUGCAGGCGAGGGCCUCCUGCAGCGUGCAGCUAAGCAGCUGCCCUGCCCCUCGCGCUAGGGCCCUGUGGGUCCGGGAGGGCCUUCUCCCUUUCGUCAGUGGGGAUGGAAACCUAAAGGUGGGGGUCUUCCUUGGCCACUGAAGGCUGCCCUU